AUAAGACAAUGCCAGUGGUGGUCUUUACGAACCAACGAAGUGAAAUUUUUUAAUUCUUAAAUUGUCUACCCCAGGUAUUUCAGGCUGACCAACGUCGCAAACUUUUUGCCGGCAGUUUCUAUUGUGCUGCUCUCUAUUAAUAAAUUGGUGGUGUUAGUUUGCUUGACGGGUUCGUGCACGUGAAGGAGUUUGUCAUCGAGAGGAAAACGUCUACAAUUAUAAAACCUGCCGAAGCCACCAGAAUGCCGUCAGAUGCCAAGAAGAAGCAGCAGCAGAAGAAAAAGGAAGCAGCGAAGGCAAGACAGGCUGGUCGCAAAGCUACUGGAGGCAACAAAACUGAGAAUGGUUCAGCUGAGAAGGAACACAGCCCUGCUCCUGAUCAGCCAGAAGUGAAUGGUACUGGAGAGAAUGGAACAGACAUCAGUAUAGAAGAGGCAUUGUGCAGGAAACUGGAGGCAGACGCAAAGUUGAAUGCAGAGGCUCGUGCUUGCACUGGAAGCUUAGCAGUCCAUCCUCGGAGUCGGGAUGUCAAGAUUGACAACCUCUCUAUCUCAUUUCAUGGCCAUGAACUGCUCCAGGACACUACACUCGAGUUGAAUUGUGGACGACGAUAUGGUCUCUUGGGGCUUAAUGGCUCUGGCAAAUCAACUUUACUGUCUGUGCUUGGCAACCGUGAAGUACCAAUCCCAGAGCACAUUGACAUCUUUCACCUCACUAGAGAGAUGCCUGCAUCUGACAAGACUGCUCUGAAGUGUGUUAUGGAAGUGGAUGAGGAGAGAAUUCGACUAGAGAAGCUUGCAGAAGAACUUGUCUCCUGUGAUGAUGAUGAAUCACAGGAGCAGUUAAUGGAUGUUUAUGAGCGUUUGGACGACAUCAGUGCUGAUACAGCAGAGGCACGUGCUGCCUGGAUCCUACAUGGUCUGGGAUUCACCAAGGAGAUGCAAGCUAAGAAAACCAAGGACUUCUCAGGUGGUUGGCGCAUGCGUAUUGCACUUGCUCGAGCUCUGUAUGUGACACCCCAUCUUCUGCUACUAGAUGAACCCACAAACCACUUGGAUCUGGAUGCUUGUGUGUGGUUGGAAGAGGAGUUAAAAACGUACAAACGAAUCUUGGUGAUCAUAUCACACUCACAGGACUUCCUAAAUGGUGUUUGCACCAAUAUUAUCCACCUUGACAAGAAGCGUCUCAAGUACUACACUGGCAACUAUGAAGCAUUUGUACGAACUCGGUUGGAAUUGCUGGAGAACCAGAUGAAGCAGUACAAUUGGGAGCAGGAUCAGAUUGCUCAUAUGAAGAACUAUAUUGCACGGUUUGGUCACGGCUCAGCGAAACUUGCCCGACAAGCUCAGAGCAAGGAGAAAACACUUGCCAAGAUGGUGGCGCAAGGUCUGACUGAAAAGGUGAUAAAUGACAAGACAGUUCAUUUCUACUUCCCAUCAUGUGGCAGCAUCCCUCCACCUGUCAUUAUGGUGCAGAAUGUUCGUUUCCGUUACUCUGACUCAACACCGUGGAUUUACAAGAAUCUGGAAUUUGGUAUUGACUUGGACACUAGACUGGCCCUGGUUGGUCCAAAUGGAGCAGGCAAGAGUACUUUGCUGAAGUUGCUGUGCGGAGAAUUGAUCCCUACUGAGGGCAUGAUCCGCAAGAACUCUCACUUGCGGUUUGCUCGCUAUCACCAGCACCUUCAUGAGCUUCUGGACCUGGACCAGUCUCCCCUUGAAUACAUGAUGCAGUCAUUUCCAGAGGUGAAGGAGAAGGAGGAGAUGCGGAAGAUUAUUGGGCGUUAUGGACUUACAGGCCGACAGCAGGUGUGUCCAAUCCGACAACUGAGUGAUGGGCAGCGUUGCCGUGUUGUGUUUGCAUACCUGGCAUGGCAGGUUCCCCACCUUCUGCUACUAGAUGAGCCUACCAAUCACUUGGACAUGGAGACAAUUGAUGCACUAGCUGAUGCUAUCAAUGAAUUUGAAGGGGGCAUGGUACUGGUCAGCCAUGACUUCAGGCUUAUCAGUCAGGUUGCUGAGGAGAUAUGGGUAUGUGAAAAUGGAACAGUGACCAAGUGGCAGGGUGAUAUUCAAACAUACAAGGAACAUCUGAAGGAGAAGAUUGUGAAAGAUAAAGCAUCCAGCAAGAAGCAAUUUAAGUAAUCCCUAGGUUCACUUUAUAAAUACAAUCUAAUAGGUAUUUAAAAUAAUUAUAUGAUUAUGAAAUGACCUGAAAAGUAUAAAAACCAUGUGUUGACAGAUGUGUGAUAAAUAUAUUUCAUGCAGACACUUUGAGUUAAUACCUAUGAGGAUACAGAUGCUUAUCAGUGUCAACAUCAACUUUAAGUCCAGUAAAGGAACCUAUAUUAUAUAGAGCACUGUAUACCAUCAUCAUUUGGAAUCUUGCCAUGACAAGUUGCUCUUGUUUAAAUAUUUCAUUGUAUGAACUGUAGACUGCAUUCUUAGAAUAAAUUCCAGCUAAAGGUAUUUCAAUUUUAUGAAAUUUCAGAAAAUUGUAGUAUUGGAAGUGUGUUGAGGAGUGCAGUAGGCUUUUUAAUGCUCAAUUUGGUUGUUUAAAAAUGUGUGUAAAUUCAUGAGAGCUUUUGAUAAGAUACAAAAAAGUUUUCAUUAAACAUUAUGGUGUAGCCAGUAUAUGCAACAAAUCAUGUGGGUCACAAGAGGAAUGUGUAGGAUCUUUGUGCUUUGAGCAAGCAGUUAUUUGUCUGAAGUAAUUCUGAUUCAUUGUAACAAGAAGCUAGAGCAAUUUCCAAAAUAAAGAGCCCACAAAGUUGUAGGAUUGCAUUGCAAUGUGUGAAGGUUUAAUCUGCUCACACAUUAGCAAAUUUUCCCCACAAACCAUUGAUUAUUUAAGGAAUAUUUUGUUUUACCAAAGCUACUUCAAGUUUAUAAAUGAUUAUGAUAAAUAUGUGCAGUUUAAAGCAAUUUUAAAAAAGUAAAAAUAGAAUGCUUAUAUUGAUAAAAUGUUGACAAUAGAAGUGCUUGAAUUAGAAUCCUUUCUGAAGGCCUGAAGAAUGUUAUAAGUUAAAACUGGGUUCAUGCUAUCAUUGGGAAUGUUUCAGAAGUGUUUCUGAUAUGGGCAACAGAAUGAGAGGUACUUGAAAAGAGGAAUAUGGGAGUAAGAAGGGAAAUAAAUAAAGGUAUGAAAGGGUGUAAGGAAUGAAGAUGACAGAAAUAAUUUCCUGUUGAAUUUCAGUAUGCUUUUUCCACUGAUUUUAUUAUAAUUAUAAAUCUGAUGCAGGACUGAGUAUUUAUAAUUGCUUCCAUUAACCAGACUGGUAUGAGAGUGUCAAGGUCUGCUGCUUUUUCAGCAUUGUGACUCCUUUGUGUUUUGAAUUCUUAAUUUUGUAAAGAUGGGCCCUGAGUAAUGACCUUGCCAAAAUUUCAUGUACUGCAUUGGUUGAGACAAUCUUUGAAGACCAAAAUGGACUGAUAUUUCCUUCUUCAGGUUCUUUCAUCUUGCAAACUAUGAAACUGAAAAGAACUGUGAUAGACUGGUUGGUAAAGUUAUUGACUACCAACCGGACAGUCUAGGUUGAGUUCCCAGCAAGAAUUUUGUCCAGUGGUUACCAUGGAAUAUGGUAGCUCAGUUGUGAAGUAGUAUUUUAACUGUGCUCCUACUCCCUAAUGAUAUACAGGUUUGGCAAAAAGAUAAUACACACAUUCAGUGAUUGAAAUAGACAUUUUAAUAAAUUAAACCAUUAUAUAGGUCAGCAUCAGCAUUUAGUGAGUCCUGGGAAAAGAUUCAUUUCUGAAUGUUAUUGGCAAUGAUGUUGAAUUACCAGUUUCCAAUUUUUAGACUUUUUCAGUUGUCAUUGUGGUUUCUCAGACCACUGUUUCGGGAGAUGGAUCUUUCCCCAUCCUUAGGUGAACCUACACAGUUGGGACCACUAGAAGGAGCUAAGGUCCACAGGUCAAAAUUAGCUACUUCUAACUGGCCCAACUGUAUAGGUUCACCUGAGGAUGGGGGAAGAGCCAUCUCCUAAAACAUAGCAGUUUGAGGAAGCAAAAUGGUGAUUGAAAGAGUCAAAUUUGAAAUUGGUAAUGGGAAAAGAUAUCAUGGUUCCAUCUGUUAAGUGUAAACCACACCAGGUUCCCUUCACAAACAUAACACAUGGAGACUGAUAACAAGAUUAAUCUGUAUUAUAAAAUGUAUACAUUUUUUUGGGACAUCCCAUAUGUGAGUAGGCACAGGGAUUAUUUCAACUAGUUUAGACAUCUACUGGAAUAAGUUGAAUUCCCCACCCCCCUUUUCCCAAGUUCUUGAUCUGGUAAAUGCUGAUUCUUCUGUCCUCAUCUGUUGUGUGGCAGCAGUUUGAGGUAGUCAUAAAUGGCUUCACUAUAAUUGUUAUUGUAAUAUAUCUAAUUAGCUGCAGGACUGUUGUUGCAGUGAUUCAUGUGUCAAGUAAGUGGUACUAGGGUCAUCUUUUUAGUUGUAUUUAAUUGUGAAAUAUUUAACUUAAUGCUUCUUUAUUUUGUGUGUGUUUCAGCUGUAGUUUUCUUACAUUACAGAGGAUGUGAUUGUCAUAAAUAGUUUUUCUUUGCAGUUGAAUAUUAAAUGGAAGAGGAAAAAUUAAUCAUGUUUUGAAAAAUAUGACUUUUGUCUUUCAUUGUCAUAAUUAAUAUCUACAAAUACAUUUGCUAAUUUAACCAAAAUGGACAAUGAUCUUAGUUAUGUUGCAGUAAUAUGCAAACACAACUUUAAUAGAAAUUCAAUAUUUUUUAUGUUUAUAACACAUUUUACAAAGAGAAAAAUUCCACCUUGCUCUGUUGCACUUCUAAUAGUAAUAUGGCUAGUAAAUGAAGGUGAACAUGAAUUGAUAUUAAAAAAGCCUUUUUUCAUAAAAGUAUAUCAAUUUUAAUCAUACAUGCAGCCUUUGACUUCUUCCACUACAUAUAUGUGUUUAAAAAUAUAUCCUAAGUUUACAUCUUAAUGGAAACACUGAUAUCCUGAAAGAACACGUUUUUAUCCUGAUUAUACAAAAAAAACCCUCCUAGGAUGAUACACAUUUUAUAACAGAGGAAGGAAAGAACUCUACCACAAUAAGGGCCCUUAGCCUCAGGUUUAAGGUAGAAUCCACCUUUCCACACAAAGCAUAUCAUAUACAUACCUUCUGUCCUCAUAGAUAGCAGGGACCUUGAUCCUUUCCUUUAUAUUAUUUAAGGUAAUCUGCAGUCUGUAGGUUAUUUGUCUUUUUCUUCUGAGUUCUUGUUACUUAAAAUUAAUUUGCAGGACAGGCUGUUUUGCUCUUCUCUGUUCUAGUAUCUGUUCUUCAUAUUGUAUUGUCAGUAUGUGUAAAAAUAACAAGGAUAAUCUCAAUAGGAAUAUGUAAUAACAUAAAUGCAUAUGCACAGUGGCUGAGUGAUAUUACUUUCCUCAUUGUGCUCUCACUGCAUCCUGGAAAAUAAUUACAAAUGGGAAAAAAGGAUUCAUAUUUUUAGUGCAAAUAAACUUAUGACCAUGAAUGUUCCUAGUAUUGAUCCUUUUUUCUCCAUUUGUAUACUUUUUUAAAAACUUUGUUUUCAACUAAAAAAAUAAAUUAAAUUUUAAUUUUGUCA